AUGGGACCAUUUUUAUGCACGUCGGUACCCGACAAAAAGAGUUAUUUGCUUGUAUUUAUAUUCCUUUCUUUCUUUCUUUCUUUCUUUCUUUCCUUCUUUCUUUCUUUCCUUCUUUCUUUCUUUCUUUCUUUCCUUCUUUCUUUCCUUCUUUCUUUUUCAAUUCUGAUUAUUUGCUUGUAUUUAUAUUCCUUUCUUUCUUUCUUUCUUUCUUUCCUUCUUACUUUCUUUCUUUCUUUCUUUCUUAAAAUCUCCUCACUCUUUAUUUUUUAUUUCUUAAUAUUUCAUCUUUACUCACAUUCCCACCGCCCUUUUCUUUUUCUUUUUAAUUUCGUUUCCCCGCACGUCUCAGAUAUUUCCUUCCCUGUCUUCAAACCAAUACGGACCUCUUCCCCGCCCCCCCUCUCUCUCUCUCUAUCUAUCUAUCUAUCUAUCUAUCUAUCUAUCUAUCUAUCUAUCUAUCACAAAUACACACACACACACAUGCGCGCGCGCACUAGCCAUCAAUCUUUCUCUUUUUCGCUUAUUCUUUCUCUCUCUCUUUCUCUCAAUCUCUUAUUUUCAUUCAAUCUAUCUCUUCUCCUUAACCUCUUUCCUAAUCUUUUUUUUCUCUCUCUCUCUCUCUCUCUCUCUUUUACUCAUUUUUCUUCAGUCUAUCUUUCUUUCUCUUUCACCCUCUCUCUCUCACACAUUUUCGCUUAA